AUGCAGUUCUCAGCUACCAGCCUCAUCAUCCUCGCCACGGUCGCCUCGGCCGCGAUGGUGGCCCCGCGCGCCGGGGACGCAGAGUACCCGACGACGGCGACGCUGACGCCCUUCCUGGCCCCGGCGUGCGAGGUGAGCAACCUGCUGCUCAAGCCGCUGUGCAACUUUGCGCCGAUCGGCCUGGCGGACGGCAGCUGCGUCGACGUGACGCAGCCCUGCCCGGUCCACCCGCCGACGUCCUUCAAGGCCAAGCUCGACGAGGCCGCGACCGGCUGCUACGUGACCGUCUUUCCCGACUUUGGCUGCGCGGGCGACCAGGUCGCCACCGCGGAGCUGACCACGGCCAACACCGUCUGCAACCAGUCGCCCUACCUCACCAAGCUCCUGACCGGGGGCGUCCUGUCGAGCGCCAGCCUGCUGCCUUUUGGGUUCAAGAGUGCCAAGCUGGUCUGCAACUGA